AUGGCGAAGCUUCCACGUUGCAUCGCGUCCUUGACCUCGCUGCGCGUGCUCCGGCUGCACUCCAAGUUUUUUUGCUUGCUGCCCGACGAGAUAUGCCAGCUGUCUGCGCUCCAAGAGCUCCAUUUAAGCUGCCCGCUUCUUUCGCAACUACCCGAAGCUUUUGGUGAGCUGAGAUCAUUGGCGCAGCUCUCGUUCUCGGAUUGCACGGAAUUGCGGCCGUUGCCCGAGUCGUUCGGCGACCUUUCAUCCCUCACUUCCCUCCAAAUCAACGGCUCCUGGAAGGUGCAUCGUUUCUCAACGUGCAUGGGCGCGCUGCAGAAUAUGCGACGACUGGAGCUGCGAAACUUCGACGGGAGGUUACCAGACGCGUGCGAAGAAUGGACGAAACUGGAGGAAGUUACGUUGGACUCGUGUCCCAAUAUACAUUCUCUCCCAGCCUCGCGCAUCGAGUCUCUAACGGCUCUCACCAUCCUUCGGUAUCCGGUGCUUGCGCGUCCCCGAUUCGAUCUCAUCUUCGCGUCUCGGCUGCGCCACGUGACCAUUGAGUCGCUGAAAUUCUGCGGGUCACUCGAGGCGCUAAGCCAUCUGACAUCGCUCGAGCGGCUCGAGGUGACGUACGCAGACGGAAACGCGUCGUUCCCCGUGGGAUUGUUUGCGCUGCCGUCGCUGACUUUCGUAAAGCUGGGUUACGUCAAGUGGAAAGAAGAAGGCGACACGCAUUGGGAUUGGGAUUAUGAGAGGGACGGCUAUUUCUACCCUGCCGCAGAGAAAGCUGCCGCCGCCAUAGCUGCUCGCGGCGUGAGAUACCCGCCCCUCGGCCGUUCCCUGCGUCAUCUCGACAUUAGCGUACACGAGUGGCAGCGCACGGGCCCUUUUCCAGUCGCGGAGCGAAGGUUCAUAUCCGCGGGGCUAUGCUCCCUCGAAUGGCUCACGCACCUCACAGUCUCGAACCUAGAUGAAUGCACUCUCCUGCCUGCAUCCCUCGGCCGCUUGCGCAAUCUGCGCUCGCUUUCGCUUUCCGGUCGGUUCAAGUACUUCCCUCCCUCCCUCGCGUUCCUCGCGUCGACCCUGGAAUCGCUGACGCUGUACUUUCCCCGCGAAUCUUGCCGCGGACGCCACGAUCAACCUUGCCUUUCUCUCGACGCCUCCGUCGAGCACCUCACGUCGCUAACGUACCUGGAUCUAACCAACGUAGAUCUUCCUCGCUUUGAGAAACCCGACAUCUCGAAACUAAGCUUGCUUCGUACGCUACGCGUGGAUUACAAGUAUGCCGGCGAGUUUAUAGCCCUGGCCUCCUUCAGCUUCUGCAAGCAACUGCACUCCCUCCCUCCUCACAUGGCCCUGCGCUCUGCGCCCUAUUCUCUGCGCCCUAUGCACUGCGCCCUAUGCUCGGCGCCCUAUGCACUGCGCCCCAUGCUCUGCGCCCUAUGCUCUGUUCCCCAUGCUCUGCGCCCUAUGCUCUGCGCCCCAUGCUCUGCGCCCUAUGCUCUACGCCCAUGGCCCACCCUUUCUCCCCCUCAUCCCUGCUUCACCGCAUUUCCCUCCCUGCUUCACCUCAUUUCCCUCACUGCUUCACCUCAUUUCCCUCCCUGCUUCACCUCAUUUCCCUCACUGCUUCACCUCAUUUCCCUCCCUGCUUCACCUCAUUUCCCUCACUGCUUCACCUCAUUUCCCUCCCUGCUUCACCUCAUUUCCCUCACUGCUUCACCUCACCUCCCUCACUGCUUCACAUCAUUUCCCUCACUGAUUCACCUCAUUUCCCUCACUGCUUCACCUCAUUUCCCUCCCUGCUUCACCUCAUUUCCCUCACUGCUUCACCUCAUUUCCCUCCCUGCUUCACCUCAUUUCCCUCCCUGCUUCACCUCAUUUCCCUCACUGCUUCACCUCAUUUCCCUCACUGCUUCACCUCAUUUCCCUCCCUUCUUCACCUUCACCUCAUUUCCCUCCCUGCUUCACCGCAUUUCCCUCCCUGCUUCACCUCAUUUCCCUCACUGCUUCACCUCAUUUCCCUCACUGCUUCACCUCAUUUCCCUCACUGCUUCACCUCAUUUUCCUCACUGCUUCACCUCAUUUCCCUCCCUGCUUCACCUCAUUUCCCUCACUGCUUCACCUCAUUUCCCUCCCUGCUUCACCGCAUUUCCCUCCCUGCUUCACCUCAUUUCCCUCCCUGCUUCACCUCAUUUCCCUCACUGCUUCACCUCAUUUCCCUCCCUGCUUCACCUCAUUUCCCUCACUGCUUCACCUCAUUUCCCUCACUGCUUCACCUCAUUUCCCUCACUGCUUCACCUCAUUUCCCUCACUGCUUCACCGCAUUUCUUCACCUCAUUUCCCUCACUGCUUCACCUCAUUUCCCUCCCUGCUUCACCUCAUUUCCCUCCCUGCUUCACCUCAUUUCCCUCCCUGCUUCACCUCAUUUCCCUCACUGCUUCACCACAUUUCCCUCACUGCUUCACCUCAUUUCCCUCCCUGCUUCACCUCAUUUCCCUCACUGCUUCACCUCAUUUCCCUCACUGCUUCACCUCAUUUCCCUCACUGCUUCACCUCAUUUCCCUCACUGCUUCACCUCAUUUCCCUCCCUGCUUCACCUCAUUUCCCUCACUGCUUCACCUCAUUUCCCUCACUGCUUCACCUCAUUUCCCUCACUGCUUCACCUCAUUUCCCUCACUGCUUCACCUCAUUUCCCUCCCUGCUUCACCUCAUUUCCCUCACUGCUUCACCUCAUUUCCCUCCCUGCUUCACCGCAUUUCCCUCCCUGCUUCACCUCAUUUCCCUCACUGCUUCACCUCAUUUCCCUCACUGCUUCACCUCAUUUCCCUCACUGCUUCACCUCAUUUCCCUCACUGCUUCACCUCAUUUCCCUCACUGCUUCACCUCAUUUCCCUCACUGCUUCACCUCAUUUCCCUCACUGCUUCACCGCAUUUCCCUCCCUGCUUCACCUCACUUCCCUCACUGCUUCACCUCAUUUCCCUCCCUGCUUCACCUCAUUUCCCUCCCUGCUUCACCUCAUUUCCCUCCCUGCUUCACCUCAUUUCCCUCACUGCUUCACCGCAUUUCCCUCACUGAUUCACCUCAUUUCCCUCACUGCUUCACCUCAUUUCCCUCCCUGCUUCACCUCAUUUCCCUCACUGCUUCACCUCAUUUCCCUCACUGCUUCACCUCAUUUCCCUCACUGCUUCACCUCAUUUCCCUCACUGCUUCACCUCAUUUCCCUCCCAGCUUCACCUCAUUUCCCUCACUGCUUCACCUCAUUUCCCUCCCUGCUUCACCGCAUUUCCCUCCCUGCUUCACCUCAUUUCCCUCACUGCUUCACCUCAUUUCCCUCACUGCUUCACCUCAUUUCCCUCACUGCUUCACCUCAUUUCCCUCACUGCUUCACCUCAUUUCCCUCCCUGCUUCACCUCAUUUCCCUCCCUGCUUCACCUCAUUUCCCUCCCUGCUUCACCUCAUUUCCCUCACUGCUUCACCUCAUUUCCCUCCCUGCUUCACCGCAUUUCCCUCCCUGCUUCACCUCAUUUCCCUCACUGCUUCACCUCAUUUCCCUCACUGCUUCACCUCAUUUCCCUCACUGCUUCACCUCAUUUCCCUCACUGCUUCACCUCAUUUCCCUCACUGAUUCACCUCAUUUCCCUCACUGCUUCACCUCAUUUCCCUCACUGCUUCACCUCAUUUCCCUCACUGAUUCACCUCAUUUCCCUCACGGCUUCACCUUAUUUCGCUCCCUGCUUCACCUCAUUUCCCUCACUGCUUCACCUCAUUUCCCUCCCUGCUUCACCUCAUUUCCCUCCCUGCUUCACCUCAUUUCCCUCCCUGCUUCACCUCAUUUCCCUCACUGCUUCACCUCAUUUCCCUCCCUGCUUCACCUCAUUUCCCUCACUGCUUCACCUCAUUUCCCUCCCUGCUUCACCUCAUUCCCCUCACUGCUUCACCUCAUUUCCCUCCCUGCUUCACCUCAUUUCCCUCACUGCUUCACCUCAUUUCCCUCACUGCUUCACCUCAUUUCCCUCACUGCUUCACCUCAUUUCCCUCACUGCUUCACCUCAUUUCCCUCACUGCUUCACCUCAUUUCCCUCCCUGCUUCACCGCAUUUCCCUCCCUGCUUCACCUCAUUUCCCUCCCUGCUUCACCGCAUUUCCCUCCCUGCUUCACCUCAUUUCCCUCACUGCUUCACCUCAUUUCCCUCACUGCUUCACCUCAUUUCCCUCACUGCUUCACCUCAUUUCCCUCACUGCUUCACCUCAUUUCCCUCACUGAUUCACCUCAUUUCCCUCACUGCUUCACCUCAUUUCCCUCACUGCUUCACCUCAUUUCCCUCACUGAUUCACCUCAUUUCCCUCACGGCUUCACCUUAUUUCGCUCCCUGCUUCACCUCAUUUCCCUCACUGCUUCACCUCAUUUCCCUCCCUGCUUCACCUCAUUUCCCUCCCUGCUUCACCUCAUUUCCCUCCCUGCUUCACCUCAUUUCCCUCACUGCUUCACCUCAUUUCCCUCCCUGCUUCACCUCAUUUCCCUCACUGCUUCACCUCAUUUCCCUCCCUGCUUCACCUCAUUCCCCUCACUGCUUCACCUCAUUUCCCUCCCUGCUUCACCUCAUUUCCCUCACUGCUUCACCUCAUUUCCCUCACUGCUUCACCUCAUUUCCCUCCCUGCUUCACCUCAUUUCCCUCCUUGCUAUCUCUGUUUGUACCCUCCUGCUUCCCUUAUUUUCCCCCCAGCUUCCCCUCAUUUCCCUCCCCCCACCCCCCCCGCUUCCCCUCAUUUUCCCCACUGCUGGCCCCUCAUUUCCCUCCCUUGCUUUCCCUGGUUUCCCCCCCUGCUUCCCCUCGUUUCCCCCCUUGCUUUCCCUUGUUUCCCCCCCUGCUUCCCCUCGUUUCCCCCCUUGCUGUCCCUCGUUUCCCCCCCUGCUUCCCCUCGUUUCCCCCUCUUCUUCACCUCGUUUCAUCUUCCUAUCUCACACUUUCCCUCUCCCCCUCUUCUUAUCUCCCCUCUUCCCUAUCCUCCCUUUUUUUACGGUACUUAUGUCUUUCCCUCUCAGCCCUGCUUUCCUCUCCCCCCUCUUCCCUAUCUCCCCUGUUUGA